AUGUCGCAAAACGAGCUUCGUGGCCGUCUGGCACUCAUCACUGGCGCAUCGGGAGGGAUUGGAUCAGCCUGUGCGGAUCAGCUUGCGCAGCAUGGUGUCCAUCUUGCUCUGACUUAUGCCAGCAACCUCGACGCCAUGAACAGAAUCCUCAAAGAUCUUCAAACGAGGCAUGCAGAACACAAGCUCCGUAUCUCGAUCCACCAAGUCGACGUCGGUUCUGCCGAGCAGAUCGAGGCCAUGUUCGAGCAAAUUCAAGAGGAGCAUGGGCAGCGACCAGAUAUCCUUGUCUCCAAUGCUGGCUAUGGUAAACGCUUCCCAAAUGUGUGGGACAUCACCCUGGAAGAGUUUGAUUACACGCUCAACAUCAAUCUCCGUGCUUCUUUCAUCCUUGUCAAGGGCGUGGUCGAGCAUAUGAAGGCCCAGCGCUGGGGUCGCGUUGUGUUUAUGUCCUCCAUUGCUGCUCAGGGAGGGGGCAUCAACGGUUGCCAUUAUGCCGCCUCUAAAGGUGGUCUCACCGGCAUGAUGAAAAAUCUAUCCACGCGCCUCGCCGAGUACAACAUCAGCGUCAACGACGUCGCGCCGGCCAUGAUUGGUGGCACGGGCAUGAUUACCAAUGCGGAUGCGAUUCCCGAGGUCGCUGCUGGGAUCCCCUUGAAACGACUCGGUACACCGGAAGAGACGGCGAACGUGGUGACCAUGCUCUGCAAAACUGGCUAUAUGACUGGUCAAAGCCUCUUGCUGGCUGGGGGGUUAAAAUGA